AUGGGAGACUCGUACGAGGGCGACUGGGCGGAUGGUCAGUUUCAGGACAGGGGCAAGUAUGUCUACGCGAACGGAGAUGAGUUCAUGGGGCUCUGGGACAAGGGCGUGAAGCUGAGCGGGACCUUCUACUACAAGGACGGACGCAUCAGCACGAGGAAGUGGCAGAACGGACGCUUGGUUUCAUGCCAGGACUUUGACUCCCGGAGACGAGCUUACCAACCCACCAUCACUCACUCGCAGGUGCACAACCCGGAGCGGACACAGUACGGCGCGACUGGGACGCUCAGCAGCAUGGUCAGCACCAACGGCGUCGCAGUUGGCUGA